GUGCUUGCCUGUGAUGAUGGUGAGGAGUGAGGACCCCAUUCUCACAUGAGUAAGCGCGCCUCCGCUAAAAGAGGAGAGCAGGGAGUAGGUCUGCAUUCCCAUUGACUGAGAGAGAGAGGGAGAAGAGAGCGAGCGAGAGAAAGAGAGAGAGAGAGAGAGAGAGAGAGAGAAGCAUCACGGACUCCGCCUAUACCGCCCCAACAUCCAGCUCCAGUCCGACGGCGGCGGAGGCACCACAGAGCAGCAGAGUGAUCCCCUACAGCUCGACUCAACUCCCGGCGUCAAAAAAAAGCGGAAAUGGGCUGUCAGUGAAUCCGGGCGGUGGAGGGGAGAGGCGGGCAGCCGGGGGGUGGGGGGGAACGACGAGACAAGAGAGCGGUGGGAGAAACAGCCAGAGAGAACAAACAAAAGCACAAUCGAGGGUGCCUGCAACCAUGAGCGGCUUGCACUAUUCGCCGGAGCUGCUGCGGCUGCCGCUGCCGCUCUGCACGACGCGGACCAGGUCGUGAGGUGUGGCUCGGAAACGCUCCGGGGAACCUUGUCAGCCGAAACGACUCGCCGAGGAGGAGCAGGAGGAGGUGGGGUGGUGGUGGAAAAUAUGUCCGCCUCGGUGGGGCCCCAGGGUGGCCCUCGCCCACCCACCGCGCCGCCAUCCAUGCCGGAUCUGCCGGACCUGAGUCAUCUCACCGAGGAGGAGAGGAAGAUCAUCAUGGGUGUGAUGGCUCGGCAGAAGGAGGAAGAAGAUAAAGAACAAGCCAUGCUUAAAACACUGCACCAGCAGUUUGAGAGCUACAAACAGGAGGUGCGUCGCAUUGGGGCGGACACACGGCGUCAGCAGACCCUGCAGAAGGACGACGCGCCCACCUGCGGUAUCUGCCGCAAGACCAAGUUUGCGGACGGCUGUGGCCACCUCUGCUCCUACUGCCAGACCAAAUUCUGCGCUCGCUGUGGAGGGCGAGUUGCUCUGCGCUCCAACAAUGAGGACAAAGUGUGUGUCAUAGUGAAGGACAGGGUGAUGUGGGUAUGCAACCUGUGCCGUAAACAGCAGGAGAUUCUCACCAAAUCAGGAGAAUGGUUUUCUGGAUCAGGGGUGCGGCCUGGGAGCCUGGGCACCUCCUUAAACAACCUAGCCAGAGGAGGUGAGGCUCAACGAGACGGGAAACUACUCCGCUCCAGAUCCCAAGCCCCGUCCUCUGGCAACCCAGGGCCGCAAGACGGGACACAGCCACCCUCUGGCGUCACUGCUGCCAAGGGUGCUGACAACAUGCCUGGCACACGGUCACAAAGCGAGCCACCUAAAGAAAAGAAAAGGCCAGUGUCCCUCCAUGAACAAAAUGGUAAGGGAGGAACGGGGCGGGGAAGUGGCCGCAGAGCUGCCGGGAAGCUGCCGUCUCAGUCGUCCCUGGAUGAGAGGGUGAUGUCCGGGGACAAAGGAGAGAGGCGGUUAGUAGACGGACGGAGGCUGGAGAAGAUCCAUUCUCAGGACUACGAGGAAGGGCAGGAGAACUUUGGUUUUUCAGAAACCCAACGGAGACGCCCGGAGGACGAAGAGCAGAGAGAACGCAAGCGCCGCGAGGAGGAGUUUCAGAAUCGUUACCGUAGUGACCCCAACCUGGCACGGUACCCAGUAAAACCACAGAAAGAGGAGCAGGAGAUGCGCAUGCAUGCCAAGGUGUCCAAGGUCCGCCAUGAAAGACGACAUAGUGAUUUGGCGAUCAAUGAGGUGGGACUGGGACCUGAAGGAGGCAGUGCAGGGGAGGUGCCUGAGAACCGACUGGCAAGGAGGGCUGGAGGUAGGGAGGGAGACCGCAAAGCCGGUUUGGAGAACCACAGAGCCUACUCUGUGGAAAGGACCGUGGGGGUUGGAGGGGGAGCUCCACCAGCCGGAGGUGGAGUGAGAUCAGGACCUCAACCUGGGGCGCCGGUGCCUCCAGAUUGGGGUCCUAACAAAGGCCGCCUGGAUCCCGGCACAACACGGACACCAAGGGACAAGAGUGGGGAGAACCUGCUGAGGAAGGACUCUCAGAGCUCGGACCAGUCGGAGUCUUUGCGGCCGCCCCCUCCGCGGACGUACAAGAGCAAGCGCGGAGUCAACAAGAGGCAGAUGUCCAUCAGCAGCUCAGAAGAGGAGGGUGGCUCCACGCCUGAGUACACCAGCUGUGAGGACGUGGACAUGGAAAGCGUCAGUGAGAAAGGUGACUGGGAUUGUCAUUCUCUAGAUCCUACAGUUUGGCAUCAUCCAGUUACGUGGCAGCCAUCCAAGGAGGGUGACCACCUAAUCGGACGAAUCACUCUAAGCAAGAGGUCAGCCAUGCCGCGGGAGGCUGGCUCGCUCCUUGGCCUAAAAGUGGUUGGAGGGAAGAUGACAGAGAUAGGGAGACUCGGGGCCUUUAUCACAAAAGUUAAGAAGGGCAGCCUGGCAGAUGUCGUGGGACACCUACGAGCAGGGGAUGAAGUGCUGCAGUGGAACGGGAAGUCGUUGCCUGGACUAACAAAGAAAGAAGUUUACAACAUUAUCCUUGAAUCCAAGGCUGAACCUCAAGUGGAAAUUGUUGUGUCAAGACCUAUAGGAGACAUCCCAAGAAUCCCAGAGUCAUCCCACCCUCCUCUAGAAUCAACUGGCUCGAGUUCCUUCGAGUCACAAAAGAUGGACCGUCCUUCUAUUUCAGUGAUGUCCCCUACCAGCCCUGGGACCCUCCGUGACCUCCCAAUGGUACUGCCUGGACAGCUCUCUGUGAAGUUGUGGUACGACAAAGUGGGUCAUCAGUUGAUCGUCAACGUCCUUCAAGCCAUAGAUCUGCCAACCCGUACAGACGGACGACCUCGGAACCCCUAUGUCAAAAUGUACUUCCUGCCAGAUAGGAGUGAUAAAAGUAAACGGCGGACUAAAACAGUGAAGAAAAGCGCUGAUCCCAAGUGGAACCAGACAUUCUUAUAUUCCCACGUUCAUCGGCGGGACUUUAGAGAACGAAUGUUAGAGAUCACAGUGUGGGACCAGCCCAGGGUCCAGGAGGAGGAGAGUGAAUUCCUUGGAGAGAUCCUGAUUGAGUUGGAGACGGCCUUGCUGGACGAUAUUCCUCAUUGGUAUAAACUCCAGACACAUGACGUGUCCUCUAUACCUCUGCCUCAGCCCUCCCCGUACCUCCCACGCAGACACGUCCAUGGAGACAGCCCAAGCAAGAAACUACAAAGGUCGCAUCGCAUCAUUGACACAGAGUUUGAUGAUGGUUUGAUGGUUAUGAAUAAAGAUGCAGAGCGUAACUCCAGGGAGAGAGAACGAGGCAGUACGCUGGCUGUACCUGAGCAGCAGCGGCAAGUCCAGCACCGCUCCCGCUCUGUGUCUCCUCACCGAGAGGACUCCUGCAGGGCUCGCUCACGGCCUGCACACGUCCCCAUGCAAAGGAGUCUGGAUGAGAUCCACCAGAACCGCCAUCAGUCCCACUCGCCUUCCCCCUCCCGCUACCACGACUCUCACCUGGAGCACCAGCGCUCCGGGGACUCAGACUACGAGUACUCUGAAGACAGUGAGGUCCUGGAGAUGCACAGGUCUAUCCGAGGUGGGAGUGCCGAGUGCCUGCAUACAAACAGCGACCUGCAGCCGUCGUUGGACAGAGUAAGGAGUGCCAGCACCACCUGUCUCAGACCAGACACCAACUUUCACUCCUCUGACAGAGACAGGUGCUCCAACUCUUUGCCCCACAAGACUCCCCCAAGCCCCAGGAUCUUUGUAGAACAUGUGACCCCUGAGGAAGACAGGCCGUGUAGCAAUUCAUCAACUCCCAACUGUCACAGGGGCAGCAGAAAAAGUCUGGAGGGGCACGGUCGUAUCCAGCCCACCUCUAUCCUGAGGGGCAGUAGGGGGAGAGGGGGCCCUCUGAGGCCCUUUGGGCAGACGGCCCUGUCUGGGUCUUGCCCAAACUCACCUCAUCUAGACAGAGCACACACUCAUGGCAGCCCCUCUCCUACGGGGACUCACUCAUCAGGUCGCAGGGGCCGGCAACUGCCUCAGCUCCCUGCAAAAAGCAGCAGCAUAGAGCAAGUUCUCGCAGUAGAGGAGCGUGCCCGACAGCUGCCGAUGAAAGUACAUUCCUACCGGCCUUCAGCCUCCCACGACCCCGAGACGGACCUCAAGACAAAACGGGAGAUGUACGCAGAGCAGCGGCGUAGCAGCGACAACAUGUCGGCCAGAUCGUCAGGCAGCGACACGAGCGAUAUGUCGGCCCUCUCCCGUGCCAGCAGUGCCUCCCGCCUCAGUAGCACCAGCUACAUGUCCAUCCAAUCAGAACGACCGGGAGGACGACUCAGUCGCCGUUUACGAUCUGUGGGCCGCAGCAUGCUGAAGAGUUCAAGCGUGAGCGGAGAGAUCUACACACAGGAGCGCACUGACGGUAGCCAAUCAGACACGGCGCUGGGUACGGUCGGUGGCGGCAGCAAGAAGAGACGUUCCAGCCUCAGCGCGCGGGUCGUGGCCAUCGUUGGCAACCGUCGGAGCCGCAGCACGUCACAGAUCAGCGGCCCUGAGGGGAAGAGUAAAAAGGAGAAAGGUGCACCCAUCCAGAGGAGCACAGAGACCGGCAUGGCAGUGGAGCUGACCCGCAACAUGAGCCGGCAGCCCAGCAGAGAGUCCAACAACGGCAGCAUGAACAGCUGCAACUCUGAGGGGAAUUUGAUCUUCUCUGGAGUCAAUCUGGGGGCCAGCAGUCAGUUCAGUGACUUCCUGGACGGCCUGGGACCGGCUCAGUUAGUGGGGAGGCAAACUCUGGCUACUCCUGCUAUAGGUGACAUCCAGAUCGGCAUGAUGGAGAAGAAGGGUCAGCUUGAAGUGGAAGUCAUCCGAGCUCGAGGACUCGUUCAAAAGCCAGGAUCCAAAUCCCUCCCUGCUCCAUACGUCAAAGUCUAUCUGCUGAAUAAUGGAGCGUACGUAGCCAAAAAGAAAACAAAGAUUGCACGGAAAACACUUGACCCAUUGUACCAGCAAGCAUUGCUAUUCGAAGAAAGUCCACAGGGUAAAGUCUUACAGGUGAUUGUAUGGGGGGACUAUGGCCGAAUGGACCAUAAGAGCUUCAUGGGAGUUGCACAAAUCCUAUUGGAGGAACUAGACUUAUCAAGCACAGUCAUUGGCUGGUACAAAUUAUUCCCACCAUCCUCAUUGGUGGAUCCGACACUUGCCUCACUGACGCGGCGGGCUUCCCAGUCGUCACUUGACAGCUCCUCCGGACCUCCAGGAGUCAGAUCCUAGUGGACCGACUGCUCUGCACGCACUUGAAAAAGUUCGACAACAAACUAUGAAAUGUUCUGCAGAGAGGGAAACAAACACGGAAAAGAAAAGAUGGCGGAGAUGUAGAACAACAACAACAAUCAGAAACAGUCACAAUGAGAAAGCUUUGCUGAGAUCUGACAAUCACUUCUGUCGUGGUUAUUUUUUGUCCGUUGUAGAGAGCGCCACAUUUCAGUGUUUCAUUAUCAUUCAAAGAAGAAAAAAAAAGUCUCGUAGUUUUUUCUCUGUGUACGAUGGAGAAGCAGAGCUGGUUGAGCAGUCGCUCUCGAGAUUGGAGAUCAAACGAAACAGGGUGGUUUUUCACUGAAUCAACAAUAGCAAAGAAAUGUACAUUAGCAUCGGAAUGUAAGUGAAGCGGUAAUCACCCUCCACACCUGCAGGGGGCGCAGUCCUCUCUGCAGUGGCCUCCUCCAGAACCCAACAGACUGCCGACAUCCUGCCGCCCCCCCCCCCCCCCCCCAGGCAGGGUGCUCCCACGUGGGUGUUCAGUCUGGAAGCACAGGGCCUUCUUCUGGUGCCUAGACCUUAGAGCCACAUCACUGGCCUCCUCUCUGUCAAAGACAAAUCUUCAUUAUGUUUACCGUGGUUGCUCGACGCCACACCGUUUUAGCGUGAUUGCUUUGUCGUUCAUUUUCUUUUCCCUUUGUUACUACUGGCACAAAAAGGUUUUUACAGUGCAUAAAAUGCUCAUGAUAGUUUUGUCAGUCUGGUGUGUGCAUGGAGAUUAAAAAAAAUAAAACUAAACACAAGAGAUAAAAAAAAAAAGGAUAUCAAAUCUAUUAAAUGUCUGCAAGUGUUAUGCAGGGGGGGAGGGGCUGAAAACGAUGGCACAUCUUAGAUUUUUACACUUGACAGUGAGAUUAGCGUGCAGCGCUGUUUUCCUUGUUCCACCGCUGGCACAUGUCGGGGCCAGUUGUCUUUGUAUAGAUGUAAAUUGGUUGACCUACAAAUGAAGUUUAUGUCACUUUGAAAUGCCACAAGGGUUCAACAUCACUGUAAAAAGCUAAAAAGAAUAAAAAAAUAAAUAGGAAGUCUUUGUUCAUCAACGCAAAGAGACAUUAUGGGAGCGUCUAAUUUUUUCACCCCGGCACGUUUCAGGUUUCUAUCCAGCCCUUAGUUGACCUUGAGCACAAGAGCUUGAUUUUUUUACGACAAAAAGUUUAACUUUUUGAGAAAAAAAAAUAGAUUAAAAGAAAAAAAAUACGAAAAAAAGCAGCAACCCCAUCACUGUUUCUGUUCAUUUUCUUGAAUUAGAUGCUAGAGGAAACAAAACAAAAAAAAGAGUCGCUAACAGUUUCCGAUGUGCAUCUCUGUGAAUGUGAAAGUAAACCAACCCAGACUGAUCCUGUCGGGACACCAACACCAAUGCUCAUCCUCCGUUCGGCCCCCCGCAGGCUCCGCCCACCAGGAAAAAAAGGUGGAGCCAGCAUGACUUUGGAAACCUGUUCAAAGCUGCAUGCACAUUUUUUUUGUAAAUCGAAACAGAUACAAGAAAAAAAAAGAUACUGAUCUAAAUACGUGUGUUAGUUCCACAUACUGUAGGGCCGCUUGUAUGUUGCAUGCAGUUGUACAGUUUGCUCGUACUUGAAUAUUAAAGAGAUAAAACCAAGAAACCGAAGCCAUUCCCAUUACGCAAAAGACAUUUUUGAAAUCAACUGCAGUCUAUUCCACGUCCCUCAGUCCGGUGCUGAAUGUCGCUCGUAACUUAAUCCCAAGAUUACGUUGAUGUCUUUCCCUUGACCCUCUGGAAGAUGUACUGUACUGCUCAGUCACACUGAGCAGACCUCACAGCCCUCUACUGUUGUUCCACCUCAUAGUAUACCUCCAAGGGGCUGACAUAAUGUAUGAAUAAAUAUGUACAAAUCAGAUCCACUUAUAUGGAAAUAUGAAUUAUGUUUCAACAUAAUGAUUUCAGAUAUAAUAACAUAUGAACCGUUGAGUUAUAUAAAGAAUCAAUAAAGAUGCACAGAGAGUCAUAAACUGUAAAUACUCAAAAGCCAUUCACUGGGUUUUCAAUGGGUUCAGUGCUCAUUUGCAAAGGGACAAAGUCAUAUAUUGUGGAGCGAUUAAUAUACUGUAAGGGACCAUUGCAGUGGGACAACACGAGGCGAUGGACUUGGUUCACAAUAAAGGCCGUGCUUUCAUGCGCGGCUGCAAAAAUCUACAGGUGUCCCACUGCGCCGAACAGUCUUCUGAACACUUCUGUGUGCUUCAAAACUCAAUGUCUGAACCGUCAGUCACACUUCACAGGAGUUGACUUUUUCUUUUUAUCGUCCAGUAAAGCUGGUUUAUCUUCUCUCUUUUUUUUUUGUCAGUAUUAACAGAAAAAAAAAAAUAGCUGAUUGUUUACAACUUCUGUGUUCCACCGAAACAAAAAAGAAAAUUAGAAAAGAGUAAAGCAUUCACUGCAACAUUUCUUGUUUGUAUAACAGAUGUGGCUCAAAUGAUGUGUAUGUUUUAUAUUAAAAAUAAGAGUUCAUUUUUAUUAUUUACAAAUAAAAAGAAUGUGUGGAAGAAACCUGCUUUCAUUUC